UGGAUCAGUGACUCUAGUUAUAGCCAGUUUAAUAGCUACUUCAUUUUAUAGUACCAGCUUGUUGAGUGUACAAACAGCUCUAUAGCUAUAAUUGUUGGCAGCAUGCAAGUAAUGACUUGUCUCCUUCAGUUGCUGUUGACCAUGCUGUUCAUGGCUACUGUGCAGCAAGUAUCUGCACAAGGCUCUGUGUUCAUCGUUGGUCCAACAUCAGUCACAACAGUGUUUGGUUCAGAGGAAGGCCUAGUCUGUGCUGCUUUUCUCACUGAUGGAGACCCUGACAUAACAUGGAGCACAAACGCGACCGGGGCCGACCUUAGUAACGUUAGAGAUGUCAUGGACCUUCCUGAAAAUGUCGAAAUUGUUUCUCUCAAUAUAACAGUUGAUUCCGGCUACUGUGGAACUUACACCUGCACUGAGGAGAUCUUGUCAGGCAGCUUCUCUGAGCAAGUCACAGUGGAUGUUGCACCAAAAAUAACUGAACAUCUCGUACAUACGAGUAUUGGAGCAAGCAGACUGAACUCUGACAAUGUUAGCUUCAGAUGUAUUGUCAGCGGUGGAACUAGACAUCCAGUGGAGAUCACAUGGUUUGGACCUGCGGCUGGAUCCCCUAGCUUUAAUCCACAGCCACAACUUCCACUUGGAAAUGGUGUUGUACAAAGCACACUCGUUUUGACAGGAGUGACUUAUAACGUCACUGGUGAUUAUUGGUGUGAGACACGUUAUGAUAAUGCCCCUGGGUGUACAGAAACAUCUCAAUCUGAUAGUGCAACAUUGUUCAUCGUUGAAGCCCCCUUCCUUAUCAUUGAACCUGACCCCCCGCAGCUCAACGUCACAGCUGGUACCACUUUAUCUUAUCAGUGCUCGUUCAAUGCGUCCAAUGAUAGCUCUCGACUGGACUUCCAACCAGAUCUUGCCAAUUUCAGUGCAUCUUGGACUGGGCCCCUGGGUGCUACAAUAGAGAACACUUCUUCUUACGAAGUGUUGCUGUAUUUUUAUGACGAAAUUGUAAACACGACUUUGAUUAUCAUCAACGCUAGCUCAUCCGAAGGUGGACAAUACUCAUGUAUUGCUGAGAAUAUUGAUGGAUUUGAUAACAGUACAGUCUUGCUCUACGUUGACCCUGUGAUUCAACCGAUUAAUUACACUGUGGCUAUCAACGACACUUUAACAAUCACUUGCGAUGUCCAAGACUUUCCAGCGCCGUCAUUCACCUGGCAGAAAGAGCUCAACAACACGUUUCAAACUUUGAGUCCACAAAUUGACACCAAUGGUCGUAUAUUGAACACAACGUCGAAGAAUCUAACUUUUGAUCCAAUCAUCUUCGGAGAUGAAGGAGUGUACAGGUGUGUUGUUUACACACUGGAAUUUGAGUCGAUUCCGUCCAAUGAAAUUCUUCUGACAGUAUCACCAGAGAGUGGCGUGUCUGUGUCCCCCCUAAACCAACUCCUUGAGCACGAUGACAACAUCACACACUCUUGUGAGAGCCAAGGCGGACCAGGCAAUCAAUUCAAUUGGACUAUCACUAGGAAUGAUGUCAUUAUCCAAGGCCCUCUAUCGUCAACAUUUGAACAGUCUCCCGUAACAGGCGGAGUGUAUACGUGUGUGGUUAGUAACACAGCUGGCUUUGGAAGUGCAACCACCACAGUGUUUAUUAGCCUCCGAUUUAUCGUUCAACCAAACAACACUCAAACGGACGUGAGAGAAAGAGCUGUAUUGAUUUGUGAGGCCGAAUCGUUUCCUGAGCCUACGUACGAGUGGUUUCGAUUGGACGAUAGUAUCCGUGGUAACCUGACGGGACUCAAUGCCAGUAGUCUUGUACUGGAUAGUGUACUGUUUGGUGAUGAAGGAGAGUACUACUGUUCGGCAACGUCACGGACUAACUUCACAGCUACAUCAAGAACAGCCAUCCUCACAGUGUCUCCCAGGGACAGUGUCUCUGUUUCACCCGAAGCACAAGUGGCUAACUUAACUGAUGAUGUCUCGUUCAGUUGCCAAGCUAAAGGAGGCCCCAACAACACGUUCCAGUGGUACCAUGACGCGCAAAUACUUGCCGGUGAAACGAAUGCAAACAUCACCAUCUCUAACAUCAGCUCAUUGGACGGUGGAGCGUAUAUGUGCAGUGUAAUGAAUGCAGCUGGUAGUGAGAACGUCACGGUAACCCUAUACGUACGCCCGUACAUUGUACUCUUCCCCGAGACUGAGAUUACGACCAGGGUCAAUAGGUCGAUAAAUUUCACAUGUAUGGCUCAGAGUUUUCCCCCACCGUUCAUAACCUGGUUUAAAGUCAACAAUUCCUCGAGGAUUAUUGUCGGAACGGGGGAUGUUUUAGAGUUUAACCCUGUCGAAUUCGGAGAUGAGGGCAACUACGAGUGUUUUGCGAUGUCCGAUGUUCCCGAUGGGUUAAACAGUACACAAGCUUCUGCUCUACUCACAGUGUCCCCUGAGGGCAGUGUGGGUGUGUCUCCAGUCAAUCUAGUGUACUACUUUGAAAACAACGUCACCUUCUCGUGCUCAUUUCUUGGUGGACUCAAUAACACGAUCCAGUGGUCUAAAGAUGGACUCGAUGUGAAUGGAGAGACACAGAGAGAGAUUGUACUGAGUGAAAUCAAUGCUGGAGAUGGGGGUGUGUAUACUUGCACUGUCAGCAAUUCUGCAGGACGAGAAAACGCUAGUACCACACUUUUUGUUGCCCCGUAUUUUAUCAGACAUCCUGUGGACGUAUUAUCCGAGAAUGGUGAAAAUGUGAACUUUAGUUGCUUGGCAGAGGCUUUCCCGAUGCCUUCGUAUGCAUGGAAACGAGCUGAGGUAGAAGAGAUUCGUACUGAAGUCAUUGGACUGAACAGUUCGUUGUUAGUCUACACGUCCGUGCUGUUUGGUGACGAGGGAGUGUACCACUGUGAGGCCACCAUACUGAACGUGACAGUACCCUCGGACAAUGCUACUCUCACAUUAUCUCCUGACGGGGUCAAUGUAACAGCGAUGGCGUCUGAUGAGGUCACGUUUGGACAAAGUGUGAACCUGACCUGUGACCACUUAGGGGGCCCUGGCAACACCUACUCAUGGCUCAAAGAUGGUCGUCCACUCAACGAGACUGACACACUUCUAUCUCUAGCCAACGUAACAGCAAUGGACGGAGGAACGUACACAUGUGUCGUCCGCAAUCUUGCCGGGAAUUCGAAUGCCAGUAUUAUCGUGUACAUUCAACCGUAUAUAACGUUGUUUCCACAGGAACUAGUUACAGCUGAUAAUGGCUCAGCGGCUAAUAUUUCAUGCGAAGCUGACGGUUUUCCAAUGCCAAACAUCACUUGGAUCAAGUAUGAAAGUUUUCAGAACCGCUCAGACUUUUCUGAAGUUACCAGAAACAGUGUGUUGGAAUUGGAACCGGUUUUGUUUGGGAAUGAAGGAUUCUAUGCGUGUGUGGCUAGCUCACAAAGGUUUGAUGGGAGGCAGCUAGAAGACGUCGUGACGGACCCUCCCAGUGAACUGGCAGUGUCGCCAUUGUCUUCUGUCAGCAUAGUGUGGGACAUUGAGACGUACUUCCUCGGCGACAACACAACUCUAUCGUGUACCUCUCUUGGUGGCCCUAACAACUCGUACACCUGGUUAUAUAACGAGGAGGUUGUCGGUUUUGGACCCGCCCUGAAACUGACUAAUAUCAGUGCAGACAAUGGAGGGGCGUAUACGUGUAUUGCUGCUAACAACGCUGGCAAUGACUCGGCCGUGACCGAUCUCUACAUACAUCCAUACAUUACCAUGGCACCGGAACUGAACAUUUACACUAUGAAUGGAGAGUUUGUUAGCCUGGAAUGUGCUGUGGAUGGUUUCCCCGCCCCGAAUGUGACAUGGGAGAGCCUUGGAAUCGAAAUUGGAAAUAAUUCUGGAAUGAAAAAUAUUUCAAUGGACGGUAUCAAUUCCAAUCUUACUGCGUUUGAUAAUUUGCCACUGGAGUUUUCGUUGGUCACUUUUGGAGAUGAGGGCUACUACCGCUGUGUUGUGAGUGCUCAGACAUCCGAGGGUGUUGCCUUGGAAACAGUGAUGUCACAGCCCACCCUUGUAACUGUGUCCCCUGAGGGCAGUGUGAGGGUGGAGCCUGAGUUUCAAGUGGUUGAGAGAUUUGAUAAUAUCACGUUUGAAUGUUUCUCCCUUGGAGGUCCUAACAACACGUACCAGUGGCAGAAAAACACGAUCGACCUUAGCAACGAAACCACCUCAAUUCUGACUCUCUCUAAUGUAUCGGCGAUUGAUGGUGGUACCUACAGCUGUGUUGCUAGCAAUGCAGCUGGUAACGAGACUGUAGAUGCAACGCUCUUCAUUAGGCCGUAUAUAACACUAAACCCUACACCAGAUGUUCUAUCGUUUAACAGUAACGUUGUGAGUUUUGACUGCCAAGCUGAAAGUUUUCCUUCUCCUAGAUAUUUUUGGGAGAAAGUUAGUGAUAAUAGUACUAUUGUGAGUGAAGAUCAGGAGCUUGUAUUUGCACCUGUGACCUUUGGAGUUCAAGGCGUGUAUCAGUGCGUGGCAUAUAUCACUACGAAUAUCACUAACCUGACGGCUUCUUCGACAGCUGCACUAUUGACAGUAUCGCCAGACGCUGGUGUUACAUCAAUGCCACCAUUGCUCAAUAGUAUACGAAACCAAACCAUCCAAUUUCUCUGCAUAUCUUUCGGAGGCCCAAACAACUCUUUCUCUUGGGUACGACUCUUGGAUCAGACGUUGCUUAGCAACUCGUCUCUGCUGGAAGUCAGUGUGGAUGGGGUAUUGAGUGGUGGGGAGUAUCGCUGUGACGUGAGCAACAGAGCAGGAAAUGGGUCAUUCCAAGCAACUCUGAAUGUUGCCCCGGAGAUAUCAGAGCACCCCGCUGCCCUAAAUGUCAGCAUCUCAGGCUCAUUCUCCCUCUCUUGUGCUGCUAACGGUGUCCCUACUCCUGAGAUUUUUUGGCUACUCAAUGGAACCGAAGUGGACCUGCUCAAUACCACGUUAUUUUCUGGCUCUGGUUCCGGUUCACUUGUCCCUAUUGAAGUUACAGAGACGUAUGGAGUGAGAUCCAUCAGUAGCACACUCGAUGUUUCCAUGGCGAUGACAAACGACUCGGGAAAUUACAGCUGUUUGAUUGUCAGUCCAAUCGCAGAUUUCCCACCAAUAACUACAGAUCCUGCCAGAGUUCUUGUGCAAGAUGUUCCUGACCCUCCCCACUCGUUAACCUCUCUCUCCGUCACUAAUACCAGCAUGAUUGUAAUGUGGGUGGAGCCUCACGACCGCAACGCCCCCAUUUCCAGCUACACCGUCACCUACCAACACCCCUCGUUCCUGGGAGGGCAAGAAGAGAGUGUGAAUAGCAGUGCAGAGAUGAGUUUCAUUGGCGGGCUUCACCCGGGAGUGGUAUACAACUUCAGUGUGGUGGCUCACAACGAGUUCGGAGUCAGCGAGCCCAGUGUGGUCACGGGACUAGCUACCCUUGACGAAGAACCUGCUAGCCCACCCCCUAACCUGACUGCAACGGUACUAUCCUCAACAUCUGUCUACUUCACAUGGAGCGAACUCCCUGAGAUCGAUAGAAACGGAAUCAUCACUGCAUACGAAAUUAACUACACCCCGCUAGUUAACUGCUCCUCCAUAAGCCCAGGAACAAGGAGUGGGUUUGGUAAUAGCACACAGCUGUUUGUGGAUGAGCUGCAAGAGAACACAGAGUACAGUUUCAGAGUGAGGGCUUACACUAGUGCUGGACCAGGGCCUUAUGGAGAGAACGUGGUCAACAAUACCCUAGAAGAUGUUCCCUCUGGACCUCCUGAGAGGGUGGAGGUCAACUGUCUCUCUCCUACAGAACUGUCAGUACUUUGGGACUCAAUAAACUGUAGCAAAGAAAACGGGGAAAUCUUUCUCUACCAGAUUCGCUACGAGACUUUCAACACCUUUGGUGGUGAAAUAACUGAUCCUGUGAGAUUUAUAAACACGUCCAAUCGGUGGGUGAUGCUGUCGGGUCUGGAGGAGUUCAAUGAGUAUCAUGUGACUAUCAUGGGGUACACUGCCAUAGGCGCUGGACCGUAUAGCUCUCCUCAGUCAAAUACAACCAAGGAGAAUGUACCCUUUGCUCCUCCUAUGAACCUCUCCAUAGUGACAAUAUCCUCAACAGAGCUCUCUCUAGAAUGGGAGCAUCCUCCCUCCAUCGAUCACAAUGGCAUCAUCACUAACUACGAAGUCUUCUACGUGCCCCUCAAUACAUACGGUGGCCUCAUUAGCAGUGCUAGUGUAUUCGUGCCUAAUCGAUCUGCCAUACUGACUGGAUUGGAGGAGAACACUGGGUACAACGUGUCUAUUAGAGUGUACACUUCUGUUGGACCCGGACCGUACACUGAUCCAGUUACAAACAUGACCUUUAUGGAUGUGCCCGGCAGUCCACCUAUCAAUGUUUCCGUCACCACCAACUGGACCGAUCAGCUGAUGGUCACAUGGGACCCAGUACCCGUGAUUCAUCGAAAUGGCCCUAUCAUCAUGUACGAGGUCUUAUACUAUCCAAACAAUACAUUUAACGGGCAACUGCCACCAAAUGAGACACGGCUCACAAGUGAUAGGUCGAUACUACUCACACUUCUCGAGGAAUUCCUAGUGUACGAGGUAUCAGUUCGAGCGUACACUGUGGAGGGUCCUGGUAACUAUAGCAAUCCCGUCUCGCAGAGGACUUUGACCGCAGCACCCAGUGGUCCAGUACGAAACGUCACGGCCGUCGCUGUGAAUUCAACUUCUCUCGUGGUGCGAUGGAACGAGGUGAAACCAAUAGAUCAGAAUGGAAUCCAGACCAUGUAUGAAAUCAGAUUCGUACCAAAUACCACAAUUGAUGGUGUUGAAGGUGGGAGUAGGUUGACUACUACUUCCCGACAGUUUUCUCUGACUGGAUUGGAAGAGUUCAUCGUGUAUAUUGUGUCUGUCCGUUCCUUCACUGAUGUCGGAGCUGGCCCCUACAGUGCCAAUAGCACCGUCAGAACUAUUGACGAUGUUCCCUCCAGUCCUCCAACGAGUGUUAGGACUGAAGCUCUCUCACCAACUGAGAUUUCUGUUACAUGGGAUCCAGUAAUCGACAUCGAUCAAAACGGGGAAAUUAUCUGGCAUGACGUUUUGUACCAACCCUCCGAGACCUUUGAUGGCCGCCUCUCCAGCUCCCAGACCACCCGAGUCUUUGCUCCAGUCAUGAACCUCAUUCUCGCUAAUUUGGAAGAGUUCUUGAUGUAUAAUGUUAGUGUGAGGGCGGCCACUAUCAGAGGGCCAGGGCCGUUCAGUGAAGCCGUCUAUAAUACAACACAACCAUCAUUACCUGCGUCACCACCCCUAAAUGUCAAUGUCACCACUGUGUCCUCUAGCGCGAUAAGGGUCACAUGGGAAGCACCUGACCCUAUACACCACAACGGGUUAAUCAACCAAUAUGACAUCAAUCUCAACCAAAGUCGUUUCACGGAGAUUCCUCCAUUAAUGAGUGUUCUCAAUGCAAGUUCUAGUGGUGUGAACGUACGACUAGUGAUGGGUCUUGAAGAGGAUGUAAGCUAUACAGUGUGUGUGAUGGCAAUAAACAGCGUAGGAGCCGGUCCAUGCAGUGGGUUACUGACAGAGACUACGUUUGAAGACAGGCCAACAGCACCCCCUCGUAACCUAACAGCGAAUGCGGCGGGGCCCACUAACCUCUCUCUAGCCUGGAGCAAUCCAGUAUCCAUCCACAUCAACGGAGAGCUCACUCAGUAUCGCGUACAGUACAGUAGAGUCGUCAACUCUGACGACACCAACCAGUUCAAUGUGAGCGACCCCACAGUGACAACAGCUGUUCUUAAUGACUUGGGCAACUUCACCUGCUACAACAUCUUGAUCUCUGCUUACACUAGAGUGGGGGAGGGGCCUGUUGCCAAUGAGACUGGAUGCACCAAGGAAAAUGUUCCGGGAGAAGCUCCAAUAGUAACGGAAGUGAGAAGCAACUCGUUUGAAUCCAUACUAAUAGAAUGGCAACCACCGCAGAAUAAACUCUUUGGUAUUCUUCGCGGAUUCACAGUUCGUUACAUGAACACUGACCUACCAAAUCCUCAGUUUGUGUAUAUCCGAAGCAUUCCCAGUGCUAACAGGUCGUUUAUAAUAGAUGAACUGAUUCAGUUCACAAACUACAAUGUGGAGUUAGCAGCAGUCACUAUCGGAGAUGGAGAGUUCAGUGAUCCAAGGACAGUACGCACAGACCAAGACAAACCUGAUGGCUCCCCAGUUGAAAUACAGUUCCCUCAGCUGCCCAAUCCAAGGUCCCUGCAAGUCACAUGGGGCGAGGUGCCCAGGUCAGUACGGAAUGGAAUCAUCACCAGAUAUGACAUCAUGUACCAGCCUCUGGAGAACUAUGGCGGACAAAUUGGACCCGGAACCGAAACCACAACCGUGAGGAUGGUUACUCUAUCUGGUCUGGAGGAAUACACUGAGUACAACGUGUCUAUACGGGCAUACACUGUAGUGGGAGAAGGUCCCUUCAGUCAAGCGGUCACUGGGCGGACAAGUGAAGGAACUCCAUCAGUUGCUCCUCCUGGUCUGAGAGUGAACGAAACCGGCUCACGCAACAUGACAAUACUCUGGGACAGUGUCCCUCUCAUUCAUCGUAAUGGAGAGAUUGUUCAGUACAAACUUAGCUAUGCACCCGUGAAUGAGGAAUUGAUCGAAGCCAUUGUCAAUGCAGCGGAUGGAAUGUUGUUUCGAGCUAUCGACUUGAUACCGGGGACCCUGUAUUCGAUAAAGGUUGCUGCUUUUACGAGUCAGGGAGGGAGUACCUUCUCUGACGAUAUCAACCCUCGCACUCUGGAAGAAAGCCCGGGUGAAGUGAGCAACCUAAAUGUGGUGGAAAGGUUCACCUCGAUAACUGUUGAAUGGGAGAUGCCCUUGGAACCAAACGGGGUCAUUUCUGAAUAUGAUCUCGCCUACAACAAAACUCUGACUGAGUUGGUGACUAUUGACAACAUACGUCCCCUUACCGGUAUAACACCCUCGAGAUCUGUCUCUAACCUCACCACCGGCCAAACUGUGACCAUACGAGUAAGAGCUUACACAAGAAUUGGCCCAGGACCGUACGUAACCAUGCAUGUUACUACCAGAGACAAACCACCUGAGGUGACAGGUCUCACAGUUAACUAUGCUGAGUCAGAGGAGAUUGCAACAGUUGAAUGGAGUCGACUGACUGGGGUCGAUGCUGAGGAUGUUGUACAGUACAAGAUUGUGUACAGCACUGAAAGCGAGCCUUCGGAUCUGAGCACGGUGUAUGUUGAGGCCAGUGAGGGCAGUCGGAGGAUUGAGGGUCUACUAUCUGACACGAAAUAUUUGUUUAGAGUUUUAGCAAUUGCGAGAAUUGACAAUGAUACAAUCGAAGGAGAUCUAUCGAUUAUCAAUCACGACUCUUUCCUCGCUGUCCAAGCUACUGAAACUCCCCUUGAAACCUCAGAGGUACAGUUAGGAAUAUCCAUACCUAUUGUGGUGAUCCUUACUGUGAUAGUGUGCGUGAUUGUCUUCUUUGUCUACCUGAAAUCAAAGCAGUGCUACGACUCUAAAAAGAAGUCAAAUCCGUCCCUUCAGUUUGAGGAAGGACAUUAUGAGAGUGUGGAGAUGAUAAGGAGACAACUGCCGAACAUCCCUGUUGGUCCGCCCACUCUCUCUGGCCACUCUACCUCUGCAGUACAGUUAAAUGCCUCCUAUCGAGCGGUAACACAAGAUCAACAAAUCGAAGACAUUUACGACAAUGAUGAUCAAGCUCCUCAUAAGGUCGAUCGAUACAGCACCGUACAAGUCACCACGCCCACUGCUAAACAUUCUCUCCGUGCUCUGCCACCUAAAGGCACUGCUGUCAUUGCAAACAUGGAAACGUAUGACACAGUUGACCAUCAAACCGAGCAACCUGUGCAAGAUGUAUAUGAUAAUGAUCCUUUUGAAAAAGAUCAACUCUUAGUUCGUAAAAACUCUAAUCCGAAUAUCUACAGUGACGUUGGAAAUGCUAGCAGUGCAAAAUCUUCAAAACUGGACACAAGCUUGGUUGUUAGCAAUCCAGCACACAAAGUUCCCCCACCACAACCUAAGCCGUACAAAUCAUUGCCAUUAAAGAAGCCAUCUUCGAGCGAACCUCCUCCUACUACAGAAGACACUGGAUCAAACAACAGCGGAGAAGUGUAUGAAGCUAUGGCCAGCACUACUGACCUUGUCUUGAGUCCAUCUUCAACCAUCGUGAAUGGUGAUAUUGGUGCAGCUAAACAAGAGGAUAAAGUAGACACUAGUCUGCUGGGGAAAAAAGCUGAAGUGAGUGAACAUGCAACAAAGAAAGAGCCGGAAUCGAUUGAGGGUGGAGCUAGUACCGGAGCUAAACCUUACUUUGAAUUCAAUGAUGAAUAUGACACAAUCAUUCACGAGGCAAGCAUGGAGGCAAAGACGGAGGAAAUCAGAGAUGAUGCGAAGAAAGAACCAGAUUCAAUUGAUGGUGCAACCAGUACUGAAACUAAAGAUAAAGCACCUUACUUUGAGUUCAAUGACGAAUACGACACCAUCAUUCACGAGGCAAGCAUGGAGGCAAAAGCGGGGGAAGCCAAAGACGAUGUGAAGGAGCCAAAAUCGAAAGAGUACCUUCAAUUCAGUGAAGAGUAUGACACUAUCAUACAGGCAGUCAGCAAGGAAGGGGCGGGGUCUGACAAACACGAAGGGGGUGAGCUUGAGACUUACAUGGACAUGUCAGGAGAGCAGGCCUCAAGAGUGGAGUGAGACUCAGGCUAUAGAAUAGCUGAUGUUUUGUGUUAUAUAAGACAAUACCAUUCGUGCACGUACGUCACUAUAUAAUUAUAUAUAAUAACUAAGUUUUUGUUCGUGAUAGUGUUUAUAUAAUUAAUUUAUUGUUUAAUUUCAACUUUCAAUCUUAUUAUCACGCCCUUUAUGCUGUGUACAUUCAAUUGUAAUAAACUCUUUAUAACGAAA